UGAAAGUUUGAAUUUUUCAUUUAUUUUAACCUUAAGAACUUUGAUCCCAUGUUUGUAUUAUUUGAUGUUUGUGUAUACAUCAUAAGAAAUCGUUUAAUUGUAGAAAGACGCGAACAGUGUGAUUCCAGGUUAUAUAAUCUCAUGAAGCUGUAUUGGUAAGACGAUUUGCUAUAAUGGGUAAAAGAAAAGGAUCUGAAUCUUGCACAGCAGGUAAUAAAGGCAGUGCAAAGAAAUCUAAGAAGGAAACAGCCACAGGAAAAACAGUUGAAAAGAAGAAAGGACAGAGCGACGCUAAACCUGCAAAAUCCAGCAAAACGAAGCCUCAGACAAAGAGCUAUCCUAAACUGAUUGAUGAAACUGACAAUAAUGAGACAGAAGAGCUACGUUUCACAGAACCAUUACCAAAGAGGAAUGCCAAGGGUCAGCUAGUGUUUCCUGAUCACCCAGAAUUACGACCAAACAUGACACCAAAGGAAGUAUUACAAGCUGGCAGUUUUGGAGGGACAUAUUUCAGACCAAUCAAGUCUUCAGUUACAGGUAAAAGUUACUCGCAGGUUUGGAAAGAACUACCAAAGGAUUGGCUUGAAGGACUGAACAUAGGAAAACAGGUGUCAAGUUCAACCUACGAUGAGAAAGUAAAUACAUAUGGUGUGAAAUGUGGAGGUAGUCUAGAAAUGUGGGAAGAGAGUGGCUGGAUCCACAAACAGGACCCAUAUGGCUGGUUCAUGUGGUACUGCAGGUUUUAUCAGGGGAGAAGAACAAGUGAUGAUGAACGGCAGAUUGGACGUUGGUUACGAUGUGCUGGUGAAACAGGAAGAUGGCGGAACAAUCUGAUUGCCAAGUGUGUAAGAAGUGGCUGUGCCUUUGAUAAUCCAGGUGUGUCCCCUGUUGUCAGGCAGACACUUCAGCACUGGGGAUACAAGCUGAAUAAAGAGGACUUUGAAGCCUACCAGAAGAAGAUGAAAAAGAAAGGACUAGCUUAAUAGACACUGGAAAUACAUUAGGCUGUUCGAGACAUUAACAUCCAUUUGAAGUUAAUUACAGCAUUUAUUAUGAAAUGUGAAUAUUGUACUCUGGUGUUUUAAUAGUUUUAUGAAAAUUUGUAUUUUACCAAAAUGAGUUCUCAAGUUGUUUGUGGAUAAUAUACAAAUGCAUAUGUAGGCAAGAUCUGUUCUGCAAUUUACUUUAUUGAUCAUUUUGUUUAAUUUCAUUUGCUUAGGGGUUAGUCCAGUACAUAUAGUUUCACCAGCAUACUUGUUUUAAAGCUGUACUUGUAGACCGAAAAUCCAUUGGCCGAUCACUGUCUGGUGAUACACAGGUGUAAUCACAAGUAGUUCAAAUGUAGAGUCCUUAUCUUUGUUCCUUUCUCAAUAGCAUCAUGCUUUCUUUUAAUUAAUAACGCUUUAGUAUGUGUUUGUAGCAUUCUGUUGAAAUCCACAUGCUCAAAUGGCAUGCUAGAGAAAAAUGUCUGUGUAAGAAUUUUAGGUCCCGAAAAGUGACGCUGAAAGAAGCUAAAAGGAGUUAAUUUAGAAGGUUGUAGUAAAUGAAAAUAUAUAAAAGCCAACACCUCCUUGCUUGAACUUUAUCUAGUGGGUGUAGUGGCAGGAUUUAUUCAUUAUUUUUCUUAUCAAGUUCAUUUCAUCACCCAGUUAAGUUUUAAAGGACUGAAGCACUGUAUGAGAGUUCAGAGAUUACUUAUAAUGGUGUAUGAUUUUAGUACCUUUCAGAUCAAGUUCUAUAUUUAUAUUUGAUAGAUAUAUUUAAUAGUUUGCCCCAUUUACAGAUAAAAGAGUGGUGUAUUAUUUUGUUCCUUUCGGUCAGGUAACAAUUUAGUUUCUGGAAUGUUGAAGGUCAAGGUCGGAGUGACUUCCAGACUGAAGUAGUAGGUAACAAUGACCAUUCAACUAAAAAUUGUAUAUGAUACAUAGAUUGAUAUUACUUGAGCCUGUAGCCAUCAGACUUCAUGGUAUGACUUCCCAAGGUCAGAAAAUGACCCUUAGUGUUUAGAGUAUUUAGAUCAAAGGUCAUGGUUAUUUCCAACUGAAAAUUACAAACCCAUUUACUUAUGACAGGUCAUUAUUGGGUGCAUACAAAAAAUGUAUAUGUUUUACACUUGGCUCUUGUUAUCAUUGAUGUUUAUGUGUGAAGGGAUGCUUUGUACGUAAGUUUAUACAUGAAGCAAUUUUACAAAACACGGGUCUUUAUACAAGUUCUAUUUGUGCAUAUUGGUGAAUUUAUUUUUUAAUUACUCAGGGAGUUCUGUCUUGUUUUAUUGCGACUUGUCUGUGUAUUUACAUGCUCUUUAUUAUGCCCCCCUUCGAAGAAGGAGGGGUAUAUUGUUUUGCAGAUGUCGGUCGGUAGGUCGGUCUGUUGGUCGGUCGGAAUGUAGACCAAUCCGUUUCCGGAUGAUAACUCAAGAAAGCUUGGGCCUAGGAUCAUGAAAGUUGAUAGGGAGGUUGGUCAUCACCAGCAGAUGACCCCUAUUGAUUUUGAGGUCUGUACGUCAAAGGUCAAGGUCACCGUGACCCUGAAUAGUAAAACGGUUUCCGGAUGAUAACUCAAGAACACUUAGGCCUAGGAUCAUGAAAGUUGAUAGGCAGGUUGGUAAUGACCAGCAGAUGACCCCUAUUGAUUUUGAGGUCAGUAUGUUAAAGGUCAAGGUCACAGUGACCCUGAACAGUAAAACGGUUUCCGGAUGAUAACUCAAGAAUGCUUAGGCCUAGGGUCAUGAAAGUUGAUAGGGAGGUUGGUCAUGACCAGCAGAUGACCCCUAUUGAUUUUGAGGUCAGUAUGUCAAAGGUCAAGGUCACAGUGACCAGGAACAGUAAAAUGGUUUCCAGGCAAUAACUCAAGAACGCUUGGGCCUAGUGUCAGGAAAAUUGAUAGUAAGGUUGGCCAUGACCAGCAGAUGACCCCUAUUGAUUUUGAGGUCAUUAGGUCAAAGGUCAAGGUCGCAUUGGCCAGGAACAGUUAAACGGUUUCUGAUCUUCUUAUCCAAAACCAUAGGGUGUAGGGCUUUGAUAUUUGGUAUGUAGCAAAAUCUAGUGAUCCUCUAUCAAGAUUGUUCAGAUUAUUUCCCUGGGGUCAAAUAUGGCCCCACCCUGGGGGUCACAUGAUUUAUAUAGACAUAUAGGAAAAAAACUUUGAAAAACCUCUUGUCCAAAACCACAGGGCCUAGGGCUUUGAUAUUUUGUAUAUGACAUCAUCUAGUGGUCCUCUACUAAGAUUGUUCAAAUUAUUCCCCUAGGGUCAAAUAUGGCUCCGCCCUGGGGGUCACAUGGUUUACAUAGACUUAUAUAGGAAAAAACUUUGAAAAUCUUCUUGUCCAAACCACAAAGACUAUGGCUUUGAUAUUUUUUAAUGUAGCAUCAUUUAGUGGUUCUCUACCAAAUUAUCCCUCUAGGGUCAAAUAUGGCCCUGCCCCAGGGGUCAUAUUGUUCGUAUAGACUUAUAUAGGGAAAAACCUAGAAUCUUCAUGUCCAUAACUUACAUCAUUCAAAUUUGGACCACAUGUAUAGUUUUGAGUGGCAAGAUGAACCUUGACAUGAGUUGACCUUGAUUUUGACCUAGUGACCUACUUUCACAUUUCUCAAGCUACAGCCUUCAAAUUUGAACCACAAGCAUAGUUUUGUGUACUGAAAUGAACUUUGAUCUUGAGAUUGACCUAGUGACCUACUUUCACAUUUCUGAAGGUACAGGCUUCAAAUUUGGACCACUUGCAUAGUUUUGUGUUCCAAAAUAAAAUUUGACCUUGAUUUUGACCUAGUGACCUACUUUCACAUUUCUCAAGCUACAGCCUUCAAAUUUGGACCGCGUGCAUAUUUUUGUGUUCUGAAUUGAAAUUUGACAUUGAUUAUUACCUAUUACCUACUUUCACAUUUCUCAAGCUACAGCCUCCAAAUUUGAAGCACAUGCAUAGUUCUGUCUACCGAAAUGAACUUUGACCUUGAAAUUGAUCUAGUGACCUGCUUUCACAUUUCUCAAGCCACAGCUUUCAAAUUUGGACCACAUACACAUUGUUUUGUACCAAAAUGAAAUUUGACCUUGAUUUUGACCUUGAGCUAGCCUUGAAAUUUGGAACAUUCGAAAAUGGCUCAGUGGAUGGCGCAAAGAUCACUCUGUAGUCUCUUGUUAGGUUAAUAGGUUAAAGGUCAAGGUCAGAUUAAACCAGAAUGGUAGAACUUUAAUUUACAGUGAGCAUAUAAUUUCUGUUCCUUGUGCAAUUACUGAACGCAUCAAGGGGGGCAUUUCGUGUUCGACGAGCUCUUGUUAUUUUUGUCAUGUUUGAAUGCUAAAUGCUACUCCUUCCUAGUCUGAGCAAAAUGAAUGAUCAUCUUCAGUUUUACAGAGUUUGAUAUGCUAUGUAUAUCUGACAUUAAGAAUGAACAAAGUAAGGAAAAACAGUAUUAAAUACUUGAGAAAAAUUUCCAACUCUCAUAACUUUUAAAGCAAUGUUUUACACUUUACAUGGAUGCAUGUAGCUUAUACAAAAUACCUUUUUAAACAGAUUUUGGAAGGAAUUCAUUUUUUUCCUAACAAGGAUGUAUUAGUUAUUCCAAUGUGGUUUAACAAGAUUUGAGAUUAUUUUUCAUUUCAUCUACUUUUUGUUUCGGCAGAGUUCCUUCUACUGGUUUUGUUUUUCAUGUUUUUAACAUAUUUUACCUGUUUUAAAUUACUCUCGCAUACCAGAUGUUUACCAUAGUUUGUCUUGGGUACCAUUGUCAAGCAUGUGAAGGAUGAGAAUGGCUUUUACUUUACGUUGCAUCUCACUUAAGCCUGAGUCAGUUCAGUGUAUUAACGUGUACAAGGGAGAGGUUUUGCAAAUUUAACUACCAACUUCAAACUGAUUUUGCGAUCAUUUUAAUUGGUUGUUUUCUUUGCUCCUGAAGAAUCUUCUUUAAUAAAGUCAACUUUUAGACAUGUUUCUUCAUGUUCAGUUCAUUGUACCUCAAGUUCUUGGUCUGUUGUGAACAUUGGUAGUCUGGCAACUGACACUCUGUCAAUUCUUUUUGUAUGAUUUUAUGAAAGUAAUCUCUAAUCUAGAUACUGGCUAAAUGAUUUGGAAAUUCUAUGUAUUUUAACGUGUAGUGAAAUGUUUGGUCAGUAACUUGAAAAAUUGUCGGUAAAUUAAAAAGUAGA